CAAACGCACGCUGUGUGAAAAGUAUUUUGUAUAAAAUAAGACUUUUAAUUUAUUCCAUCAAAAUAUUUCAAUAGAAGUUUUGAGAAUAGCAAAAAAUGGCGACUGAAGAGUCUAUGGUAGUGACAGCAAGACAACAGGAGCUAAUUAUUGAGGACUUGCAAACUUUGACGUCAAAUUACAACGAAUUCCUUGAAGAUGUUUUGGAACAGUUCAUGAACGAAAACGAUGAAGUUCCCAAAAUAUUUUCAUGGGCCGACAGCAACAAAAACGGAACGGAGCAGCGAAGUCACCCGCGGUUCAAGAAUCACGCAAAGGCCAUUGGAGUAGCCUUGAGAGACUGUUUGGGAGACUUGAACGCAAUUAAGAAACACGAGGAGAGGUUGAAUUUUUUGGGGGCUACUCAUAACAAGAAAAAAGUGCAGUAUCAUUUUUAUGAGAAGCUGGGUGGUUGCAUUGUGAAUCAAGUUCAGAAACGGAUAAGCGACAAAUGGGACGAAGAGAGAAAACAAGCAUGGGAGAAGGCGUAUGAAAUCAUCACCUUCUUUAUGAUUGUGCGGUUCUGGAUGGGAAACUUUGGAUCAUAG